AUGUACUUCGAAUCCAAGUUGCGGUACAAGUGGAUCAAGCAAGAGAUAGAGUCUCUUGACCCGGAGGUGGACUACGAGAAGAUAUGGAGACUCUCGGCAAGUUACAACCUUAAUGACUUCAUACUCAACCUGGCCUAUGCUCUCUCAAUUCCUAGCACAAUUCUUCCUGAACACAGCGCCCGGCCUGUGUGGCGGGAGGGCGGGGGCAAAAUGCUCAACAAAGCAACGAAUCGAGUAGCACAAACAGUACAGUUUCUACUCAUUCUAGCCUGGUACGGCCCGAAGCAUUCAAAGUCGAUUCAGGAAGUGGAACGUGUUAAUCGUCUGCACGAAUACUGGUCUGACAAGUACCCCGGUGACUUCUCGCACCCCGAGGACUAUAUCUAUGCAGUUUGCUUGUUCGCAACACAGAAGCAUCAGCUGUUUGUGAGAGUAGGCCUACCUGGAUUGUCCGAAAAGGAGAAGAUUGCUGCGCAUCAUUUCUGGAAGGAUAUUUAUACCCUGUUGCGAAUUCCUGGAGGAAAACCAUUGGAUGAGUUUCCUAUGAGCUGGGACGGAAUGAUCAAUAGCAUCCACAAGAUAGAGAACCUCUAUAGUGAGGGGAGUGAAAAUGGACGUCUGGGACUGGAGGCAAACUAUGCACAGCUGGUAUACCGAUUUUUCCCAUUUGGCUUUCGCUGGCUGGGUCGACGUCUCAUUCUGGCCUUGGCGCCUCCAAAGAUUCUGCAAGCUUACGAUAUCUCCCCCGUCCAUGCCCUUACUGGUUGGCUUAUAAAACUCUUUGUGCGCCUUUAUUUCCUCUUUAUGAUCAAUGUAUUACCUGACCCCAAGGUGGGAUAUUGGGAGCUUCUUGAGAAGAAACCAGAGUCAGACAGAAGACGCCAGAGACUGUUGCGUCAGGAGCUGGAUCGCAACUUUCCAACCUUCUUUUCCAGACAUGUUGAACAGCUUGGUAUUCAAUGUCCAUUCGUGGCGCGGCCGGACUCCAAGAUGUAG